AGCUACAACAGUAUCUCCGCAACGCUGUGGGAUGUCAUCCACCGGUAUCGCGGUAUGAGGUGUCAACAUGAAUCGAUAAUUGCGCCAGCAUCAAAGCCGCCAAGACAAGAAUCAACCAGGCGCUAUUACGGUAGCCAGUGCAUCCCGUUAAGGCUCAAAGUAACAAGCGCCCCCAUCGCCAACAAGGAUGACCCGCGGAAGAACGCAAGUACGAAGUAGCACAGUAGCAGCAGCGGCAGCAGCAGCAGCGGCAGCAGCGGCAGCGGCAACACCACCGCCGCCACCGCCACCGCCACCCCUUCCCCCCCCUCCCCCUCCCUCCUUUGCCACAUCGUGGCGUGCGAUUUUUGCUGAGGAGCACGGGCGGCUGUACUUCUACAACGUCGACACCGGGGAGACGACUUGGGACCCACCACCGCAAUCGCGAGAAGGAGCAACCUCGGGGCCACCACCUGCUACCACCAACCGGAGUGGGGCAGUAACGGUACGGUCUAGGUCCUCCAUGAUUCUUUCGAAAGGAGGAAAAAUCCAGUUUGGGAGAAGCUGCAGCGCGGUAUCUUCACGGAGUGAGGCACUGAAACAUCCCACUGUCGUUCAUAAGGGGGGCCGACUCGGCACAACGGACGAGCUAGAGGACGGAGGCGGCCGCACAUUGAAAACCGGAACAACCAGGGGGGCCGUCGUCCGGUCAACGCUUCACCGAGCCUCAACCGUUCCUGCCAGAAAUGUAGAGGGUGAAUCUCCUGAGGCCGAGCGCGAAGGCUGUAAGAGUUCUCGGCAAGCGCCGGUCCAGAAAGACGGCGCCGAAACGAAGCGCGUGCUUGGGAGCCCACAGCGUAGCGUAGGGUGUCCCGAAGAAUCGACCCCGUUACCAAAGUGGUCGGGUCUGAAGAAACCAACCCGUCAAAGAGCCAAACGCGUGGAGGAACCGCCGACGUUGAAACCUGCGCCGUCGUCUCAGGGCAAUCAUCUUGUGGCUACUUCAUUGCAGCAGGCUGAACACUGGCUCGCUACCAACGAACCGGACUCUGAACUCGGGCGGCCGUAUCAACGUCGCGGCCCUGACCAAACUCCCCCCAAGCCGGACUUUUGGCUAGGAACAAGGGAAACCUCAGGCAGGUUCGCUACCUCGACACACGUAGUAGACGCGUCCCAGAAGGAAGAGGUCCCUCUGCACGAACCUCCAGCCGCAACAACGGCGAGACUUCGUGGGCAGGCCGCCGCCGUUCGGGAGGCGAUGGAGUCGCGGCGCAAAGAAGCGGAAGAAAUGACGGGCAGGCCCGAAAUCACGCGCCGCGGGCGAAACAAGCAGCGCAGCGUCGACGAUCUGUUCCUGUUUCAGCGAAACGCUGAAGCUUCCCGGCGCCGAAGGCAUGACGAGCGAGAGACGCACGAAAACAAGCUAGUGACAGGCCGGCCGGAGACUUGUAGAAGGUCUGCCGUCUUGGUGAAGCGCAUGCGCCGCGGCGGGGGCAACGACGCGCACCUCCCGACAUCGCAGCGCCUCCACAGCGACGCCGGCGAACAGCGCCGGCGGCGAGACACCCAGCAGGCGCGAGUGGAGACGGCGAUCCGCCGCCGCGCCAACCCCAACAUCUCGACGAGGUCGAAAUCGCUCCCGCGGGAGCGCGGCGACGUAGCACGCCGCCUGUACGAACAAGCGAUCCUCAGCAGAGAGGGGGCUCACUACCGGGAGCAGCUGUCUCGAAAACCUCCCAGGGGGUAUACGUUCCGUCCCGAGAUAGACCAGCGAAGCGCUCUCUUAGCCCAGCGGCGAAGGGACCGGUGGGCCUCCGUGGGUCUCGACACGCGGGGGCGAGGGGGCGGGACAGCCGUGCAGGAGUUCCUGCUCGCCGAGGGGAAGCUCUACGACAGGCGGAGACAGGAGAGGAAGUCCAUCCAGGAGGAGCUGGCCCUGCGACGCCCGAACCCGACCGUCAACCGGCACUCGCGCCGGCUGCUGCGUGCCGCCGGGAAGACCGGCCGGUCGCCCGGGACGCAGUCGGAGGAGACUAGGUCACGAGCGUCGGAGGCUGUGGAUGCCGAGCACUACGAGUUUAGACCCCGUCUCGAGGGCCUCGGUACAUCUCAAAAGAUGCUGGAAUCUAGGUACGGACGAGACGCUAUCCCAUCCAUGCAGCAAAGAGCCAAAGACCGAGAGGUGGAGCUCCUAGAGCGCCGGCGGUCGCAGUCGGUCGAGCAAGACAAGGAAAACCAAAGCUUCGUCGCCAGGCGCGCGUCUCGACGGUCUUCGGCAAGUGAAAGCCCGGAGCAUGGUCGAGGUGGGGACAUCUACGAGAGGACGACCGAGUACGCAAAGAGAAGGGAUAGCAGGUGGGACGCGUGGGAACCGAGGACCGCGUGUCGAGUGUUCAUCGAGGGUGGGGCUGCUUGCGCAAGGAUCCGGGGACGGUCAAGAUACCGGCAGGCCGCCGAAGCCAUAGCCAAUAGGGGGUCGCCUCUCUCGCCCCCGGCGGAAACUUCAAGCAGGGAGGGACCGUGGAGUCACGCGGAAGACGUUGGGGCCAAGAAUCGCGAUGGCGUGUCAAAGAGCGGUAAAGGUGCGGUGUACACAGGGCUGCUGCGAGGUGGGCUGCCCGCCGGGAAACGCGGGCGCUCGAGGCAGCAGGCGAAGACCAUCGUCCACGAUGGGGGGUGGCUUUCGCCGCCGCCGCCGCCCGCGACGGCGGGAGGGGCCUCCGAUGAAGAGGCCGAGUGGGAUGGAAGCGGCGAUAGCUCUGUUGGGACGGAUGAUGAUGAUGGAUUUUCCAGCCGUCCCCAAGGGAUAGGUCGGCUGCAGCAGGCUCAGACCGUCGCUGGCCAGGGGGGGUGGCUUUCCCCGUCAGCGCCUGCGGCGGCUGGGGGGGUCCCCCGAGUGGGGGUUGAGUGGGAUGGCAGAGGCAAUCGCUCUGCUGGUAUUGGCUUUUCCGACAACCGCCAAGGAAUAGGUCGGCGGCGCGGGGGCAGACGUUCACCAUCCGAGCAUCGGUACCCCCGGCAGGAGCAAUCAACAGAGGGAGAAGAAUGGCGAGAUGGCUACAUGGAGUAUGACGACAACAACGAGGACCUUGUUCAGAGAAGAGACUCUAUUGCGGUCGGAGGGGUUGUGAACGGUACUGCUUGCAGUGGAGUGAGAACGGCGGGGGCUACGGGAUCAAGAGGGAGCGGCGGUCUCCCCCCAAACUGGACGUCGUUUACCUCGCCCGAAGGGUGGGAGUACUUUCAUAACAGUAAGACGGGCGUCGUGCAGUGGAAGCAGCCCACCAGCUAAGAAGCGCAUUUUUAUGCACAAGAACAACAGAUGAGUUGUCUUCGGGGGCUAGACUGCUUGUGAUAUGAACAAGGGGGAUAUCAUUCUUUUCCUUCGAAGUUCCGUUGAUGGUACUUGAGUGGUUCAAUCAGUAUGGUCGUGAUCCGUACGUUAGCGUUUGUGCGCAUGUCUACUGUACGUUGUGCCGGCUCCACCGGGAGUGCUGAGGUCUCGAAAAAUACACGCGAGAGCGAUGGUGACAGCGGACUGGGAUAAUCUGUAUAGCUCAUGCUGCUUGUCGUGUUGUGCAAAGCGCAAUCCACCUCACGACACUGUCGUCUGAAGAGUUUCGCUGCGGUGCUAGACAAGGCUCCUUGUGUGUAGGCGUGCACCAGGUGGUGGUUUGUUAUUUUGUGAAUGGAAAUCAGGUUGACUUCGUGACGAUGGCCUCGUCCAUUCCAAUCAGUGGACGGAUGAGGUGCCUCAUUUCCUGCCAUCAAGUGUCGGUGCUCCGUAUGUACGUAGGACAGAGAGGAUGUGUCGAUAGUAGCAACAGGUUAGAUAAAUUAUGGCACUCAAGGCUAUUAUUUGCAGAAACUCGCCCGCUGCGUGCUAUUUUCCAACUGUUUGGUACUCGGUGUGUCCCCAUAUGCCGGCGGGUCCUCCUGUGUUCAG